AUGCCUAACCAUGUUGUCCUGGCAUCAGGUGCCGUAGUCGCCGUUUCGGUCGCCGUCGCCACAGCUGUCGCAAUCUACGAGUCGCCCGAGGUGCGACGAUACGCCGACGAUGUUCGCCGGAGGAUAGCUUUUGCUCUGCACUCCUUGGGCGAGGGCAUCGACCCCCCUCACCGAGAGCCCAUGUUUAACAGGCCAGAAGACGCCGAUGGCUUCCUCGAGUCCCGCCGAGGUGCUGGCGCUGAGUCUGGUGUCGAUGCUGAUGAGGAGACCCGUCGAAGGCAGCGCGAGGAGCUACUGUAUUGGAAUUCCGUCAUGCUGGAGAAGCAGAAGGAGAAGGAAGCUCUCGCCGCAUCACGCCCCGCCACCACAGAGUCUCGCACCCGAGGAUCGUCCUUUGACGACUUUCUCCGCCAGGACGAAGGAGCUGAACGAGGGACCUACGUUUUCAACACCGGUGCUGACGUUCGAGGUACCGACGACGGUCUGCGACGUCGUGGGGAGCAAUCUCGUUUCCUCACGUCCAUUUACACCAACCCGUUUGCGGAUGAAUAUCACAUCGAUGCCCAAGACAUGCAAGAUGAGAUGGAAGCUAGCCGCCACAUUUCCCCCGCCGCCGAUGAAGUCUCCGAUAUCUACAGCGCUACCACCCGCGGCCAGGACGAGAACACUACUGCUAUUGACGCUCCUCUCGCCGAAAUCGACCCCAUCCCCGCUCCCUCUGAGACCGCUACCUCUGCCACCCUCGAUCGCGAACUUGGCCCUAAUGAGUUCAUGACCGCCGGCCAGGAGGAUCGUGAGGAUGCCUACGCCUCCAUCCAGGCCUGGGCCCAGAACUCGAGCCCCGAGUUCUACUCUCCCCUCCCCGUCACCCCCACUGCCUCCAUGUCUGAGCCUUCGGUCAUCAGCGACGACGGUAUGAUGACACCUACUGACUCCAUCUCCAUCAUUGGAUCUGGAGAUGAUGUUGCCAGUGAUGCGCAGUCAUCUCACGAGGGUGAGACUGGCCGAUACUAUGAUGUGAUGAGCGAGAGUUCCGGCAUGGCCACCCCCGCCAGCUGGUCUGAGGUCGGCAGUGUCAUCAGCGAGAGCGACGCUCCCCUCCCUGUUCGUUCUUAAGAAGUUAAACACUGUGCAAGAUUGGACCUUGGAGGUCCGUAGGAAAACGCUUGAUUCGACUGGAGUAACAGAUUUGGCCGGGAUUAACAGUACAAGUUAGGAUGCCGUGAUUUUUUUGAUCGUUUCCUUGUUUUUUUGGAGUUGGGGAUUGGGCUCAGGGCAGGUUUUAUAUCCUCGGCAUCUAGUUAUUUCAUUUCGUCUAUAAAAUCUCUGUCGUCUCAAACACCUACAUGUCGAUCCAGAUCCGUGAACGCCACCUGUCUAAUGGAACUAUCUAGCAAGACUUCAUCUUCUCCUUGUAGUCGUCCCAGAGCUGCUCGACUGGUCGUCCGACCAGCUCAGUCC